GACCAAAACAAUGUAACCUCCAAUAUAAAUAUGUGACAAAUUCAUAAGACAGAAUUCCACAAAUUCACAAUCUAAGCCUCUUCAAAAAUUAUACAAAUUCCUAUCACCACAACCAAAAAUGAUUAUUCCAAACGUGAAAGCUUGUUUUAUGAUUUUUAGCUUUGUUGGGAUAGUCUCAGCUCAACUAUCCCCUAGUUUUUACUCAACAACAUGCCCUUCUGCUCUUUCUAUCAUUAAGACACAAAUAGAUUCUGCUGUGGAUACUGAGGCUCGCAUGGGUGCAUCAUUGCUUCGUCUUCAUUUCCAUGAUUGUUUUGUUCAAGGUUGUGAUGCAUCAGUGUUAUUAGACGAUACAUCAAGUUUCACAGGUGAAAAAACAGCAGGUCCAAAUGCUGGUUCUUUAAGAGGUUUUGACGUAAUUGACACCAUAAAAUCUCAACUCGAAGUUUCGUGUCCAAAUAUUGUCUCUUGUGCUGAUAUCAUUGCCGUAGCUGCAAGAGAUUCUGUUGUCGCACUAGGUGGACCUAGUUGGAUAGUGCAAUUGGGGAGAAGAGACUCAACCACCGCAAGUUUAAGUUCUGCAAAUUCAGAUUUACCUGGUCCUGAUUCAGAUCUAAGCGAUCUUAUUACUUCUUUUUCUAAUAAAGGUUUCACUACAAAAGAAAUGGUUGCUCUAUCAGGAUCUCACACGAUUGGUCAAGGAAGCUGUAGAUUCUUCAGAAAUAGAAUUUACAACGAGGACAACAUAGAUUCUGAAUUUGCAACAUCAUUGCAAGCAAAUUGUCCUACCACGGGUGGUGACAAUAAUUUGUCACCACUCGACACGACCACACCAAACACAUUUGAUAAUUCUUAUUAUAAGAAUUUGCAAAACCAAAAGGGACUCUUUCACUCGGAUCAAGAGCUUUUCAACGAUGGUUCAACAGACUCUGAUGUUGAUGAAUAUAGUAGUAACGCUUCAACUUUUGCAACUGAUUUUGCUAAUGCAAUGGUUAAAAUGGGGAGCCUUAACCCACUCACUGGGACAAGUGGUGAGAUUAGGAUUGAUUGCAAGUUUGUCAAUUGAGGUUUUGGGACUUUUGGGAAUAUAGUUUAUGGUAAUUUGGGUGCUUUUAUUGUGGCAAUGUUUAUGUUUUUAUAAAUGUAAUGUGUGUUUAAACUUUAAUAUGGAUCAAUUUCAAUGUUUGAAAUUGUUUAAACUAUUAUGUAAGCUUAUAUAUUGCAUAAAUAAUAAUAAAAUUAAAAGGGAGAAUUUUAUUUUA